AUGGAGAAGUUCUGCAACUCUACUUUUUGGAAUUCCUCAUUUCUGGAUAGCCCGGAGGCGGACUUGCCACUUUGUUUUGAGCAAACUGUUCUGGUGUGGAUUCCCUUGGGCUUCCUUUGGCUCUUGGCUCCUUGGCAGCUUUUCCAUAUAUAUAGAUCCAGGACCAAGAGAUCUUCUAUAACCAAACUCUACCUUGCUAAGCAGGUGCUUGUUGUGUUUCUUUUUAUUCUAGCAGCCAUAGAGUUGAUCUUUGUACUCACAGAAGACUCUGGACAAGCUACAGUCCCUGCCAUCAGAUAUACCAAUCCAAUCCUCUACCUGGGCACAUGGCUCCUGGUUGUGCUGAUCCAACACAGCAGGCGAUGGUGCGUGCAGAAGGACUCUUGGUUCCUGUCCAUUUUCUGGAUUCUCUCAAUAAUCUGUGGCACUUUCCAAUUUCAGACUCUGAUCCGGACACUCUUAAAGGACAGCAAUUCUAAUCUGGCCUACUCCAGCCUGUUCUUCAUCUGCUAUGCAUUCCAGAUCCUAAUCCUGAUCCUUUCAGCAUUUUCAGAAAAAGAUGACUCAUCAAAUGAUCCAUCAUCCACGGCUUCAUUUCUGAGUAGCAUUACCUUUAGUUGGUAUGACAGCAUUGUUCUGAAAGGUUACAAACACCCUCUGACACUUGAAGAUGUCUGGGAUGUUGAUGAAGAGACUAAAACCAAGACACUAGUCAGCCGGUUUGAAGUGUACAUGACAGGAGAGCUGCAGAAGGCCAGGCGGGCACUCCAGAGAUGGCAGCAGAAGAACUCUCAGCGAAACUCUGGAACCAAGCUACACGGCUUGAACAAGAAUGAGAGUCAAAGCCAAGAUGUCCUUGUCCUGGAAGAAGCUAAAAAGAAAAAAAAGAAGUCUGGGACCACAAAAGACUAUCCCAAGUCCUGGUUGGUCAUGGCCCUCUUCAAAACUUUCCACGUCAUACUCCUGAAAUCAUUCCUACUGAAGCUAGUGUAUGACAUCCUCACGUUUCUGAAUCCUCAGCUGCAGAAGUGGCUGAUCUCCUUCGCAAGUGACCCUGACUCAUAUGUGUGGGCUGGAUAUGUCUGUGCAAUCCUCUUCUUUGUUGUGGCCCUCAUCCAGUCUUUCUGCCUUCAGAGUUACUUUCAACUGUGUUUUGUGCUGGGCACAAAAGUACGGGCAACUGUCAUGGCUUGUAUAUAUAAGAAGGCCCUGACCCUAUCCAACCGGACCAGGAAGCAAUACACCGUUGGAGAAAUAGUGAACCUGAUGUCUGUGGAUGCCCAGAAGCUCAUGGAUGUGACCAGUUUCAUCCACUCACUGUGGUCAACCUUACUACAGAUUGCCUUAUCCAUCUACUUCCUAUGGAUAGAGUUGGGACCCUCAGUCUUAGCAGGUGUUGGGGUGAUGGUGCUCCUAAUCCCAGUUAAUGGGAUACUCGCCACCAGGAAUAGGGCUAUUCAGGUAAAAAAUAUGAAGAAUAAAGACAAACGUUUAAAGAUCAUGACUGAGAUUCUCAGUGGGAUCAAGAUCCUGAAAUAUUUUGCCUGGGAACCUUCAUUCAAAGACCAAGUCCACAACCUUCGGAAGAAAGAGCUCAAGAACCUGCUGACCUUUGGGCAAUUGCAGUCUGUGAUUACAUUUCUCUUGUACUUAACUCCUGUACUGGUGUCUGUGACCACAUUUUCAGUUUACGUCCUGGUGGAUAGCAAUAAUAUUUUGACUGCAGAAAAGGCUUUCACCUCCAUCACCCUCUUCAAUAUCCUACGCUUUCCCAUGAGCAUGCUUCCCAUGUUUGUCUCCUCUGUGCUCCAGGCCAGUGUUUCUGUAGAACGGAUAGAGAAGUACUUGGGAGGGGAGGACUUGGACACAUCUGCCAUUCGACAUGACUGCAACUUUGACAAAGCUGUGCAGUUUUCAGAGGCCUCCUUUACCUGGGACCAGGACAUGGAAGCCACAAUUCAAAAUGUGAACCUGGACAUUAUGCCAGGCCAGUUGGUGGCUGUGGUGGGCACUGUGGGCUCUGGAAAAUCCUCCUUGAUGUCAGCCAUGCUGGGAGAAAUGGAAAAUAUCCAUGGGCACAUUACCAUCAAGGGCACUGUAGCCUAUGUCCCACAGCAGUCCUGGAUCCAGAAUGGCACCAUAAAGGACAACAUCCUUUUCGGGGCAGAGUUGGAUAAAAAGAGAUACCAGCAAGUUCUGGAGGCCUGUGCCCUCCUCCCAGACUUGGAAGUGCUGCCUGGAGGAGACCUGGCUGAGAUUGGAGAGAAGGGUAUAAAUCUUAGUGGGGGUCAGAAGCAGCGGAUCAGCCUGGCCAGAGCUACCUAUCAAAAUUCAGACAUCUAUAUUCUGGAUGACCCCCUGUCAGCUGUGGAUGCUCACGUGGGAAAACAUAUUUUCAAUAAGGUCUUGGGUCCUAAUGGCCUAUUGAAAGGCAAGACUCGACUCUUGGUUACACAUAGCAUUCACUUUCUUCCCCAAGUGGAUGAGAUUGUGGUUCUGGGGAAUGGCACCGUCUUGGAGAAGGGAUCCUACAGCACUCUGCUGGCCAAGAAAGGACUGUUAGCUAAGAAUCUGAAGACAUUCAUAAAACAGACAGAUCCUGAAGGAGAGGCCACAGUUAAUGAGGACAGUGAAGAAGAAGAUGACUAUGGGCUGCUGCCCAGUGUGGAGGAAAUCCCUGAGGAUAUGGCCUCCUUCACCACAAAAAGAGAAAAUAGCCUUCGUCGAACACUUAGCCACAGUUCCAGGUCCAGUAGCAGGCGUCUGAAGUCCCUAAAAAACUCCUUGAAAACUCGGCAUGUGAAUACCCUGAAGGAGGGGGAAGAAGUAGUGAAAGGACAAAAACUAAUUAAGAAGGAAUUCAUACAAACUGGAAAGGUAAAGUUCUCCAUCUACCUGAAAUACCUAGGAGCAAUAGGAUGGUUUUCGAUAGUCUUCAUCAUCUUGGCCUAUAUAAUGAAUUCUGCGGCUUUUGUUGGAUCCAACCUCUGGCUCAGUGCUUGGACCAGUGACUCUAUUACCUUCAAUGCCACCCACUACCCAGCCUCUCAGAGGGACAUGAGACUUGGAGUCUAUGGAGCUCUGGGAUUAGCACAAGGUGCAUUUGUGUUAAUAGCAAAUAUCUGGAGUGUCUAUGGUUCAGCCCAUGCAUCAAACAUCCUUCACAGGCAACUGCUGAACAAUAUCCUUCGAGCACCCAUGAAUUUUUUUGACACAACACCCAUAGGCCGGAUUGUGAACAGGUUUGCUGGCGAUAUUUCCACAGUGGAUGACACCAUCCCCAUGUCCUUGCGCAGCUGGAUGUUGUGCUUCCUGGGGAUAAUCAGUGUCAUUGUCAUGAUCUGCAUGGCCACUCCAGUCUUUGUCGUCAUCAUUAUUCCUCUUGGCAUCAUUUAUGUGUGUGUUCAGAUUUUUUAUGUGGCCACUUCCCGCCAGCUGAGACGUCUGGACUCUGUCACCAGGUCCCCAAUCUACUCUCACUUCAGUGAGACUGUGUCAGGUUUGUCUGUCAUCCGGGCCUUUGAGCACCAGCAGCGAUUUCUAAAACACAAUGAGAUAGGGAUUGACACCAACCAGAAAUGUGUCUUUUCCUGGAUUACCUCCAACAGGUGGCUUGCAGUUCGUCUGGAGCUGAUUGGGAACCUGAUCGUCUUCUUUUCAGCCUUGCUGAUGGUUAUUUAUAGAGAUACCUUAGGCGGGGACACUGUGGGCUUUGUUCUGUCCAAUGCACUCAAUAUCACACAAACCCUAAACUGGCUGGUGAGGAUGACGUCAGAAAUAGAGACCAACGUUGUGGCUGUUGAGCGAAUAAAUGAGUACAUAAAUGUGGAAAAUGAGGCACCCUGGGUGACUGAUAAGAGGCCUCCGGCAGGUUGGCCCAGCAAAGGGGAGAUCCAGUUUAGCAACUACCAAGUGCGGUACCGGCCUGAGCUGGAUCUGGUACUGAAAGGGAUCACUUGUGACAUUAAGAGCACGGAGAAGAUUGGUGUGGUGGGCAGGACGGGAGCUGGGAAGUCAUCCCUGACAAACGGCCUCUUCAGAAUCCUAGAGGCCGCAGGUGGCCAGAUCAUCAUUGAUGGGGUAGAUAUUGCUUCCAUUGGGCUCCAUGACCUCCGAGAGAAACUGACCAUCAUCCCCCAGGAUCCCAUCCUGUUCUCUGGGACCCUGAGGAUGAAUCUAGACCCUUUCAACAACUACUCAGAUGAGGAGAUUUGGGAGGCCCUGGAGCUGGCUCACCUCAAACCCUUUGUGGCUGGUCUGCAACUUGGGUUGUCCCAUGAAGUGGCAGAGGCUGGUGACAACCUUAGCACAGGGCAGAGGCAGCUACUGUGCCUGGCCAGGGCUCUGCUUCGGAAAUCCAAAAUUCUGAUCAUGGAUGAGGCCACUGCUGCAGUGGAUCUAGAGACAGAUCACCUCAUCCAGACGACCAUCCACAAUGAGUUCUCCCACUGCACUGCUCUCACCAUUGCCCACAGGCUGCACACCAUCAUGGACAGCGACAAGGUAAUGGUCCUAGACAAUGGGAAGAUUGUAGAGUAUGGCAGCCCUGAAGAACUGCUGAAAAACUCUGGCCCCUUUUAUCUUAUGGCCAAAGAAGCUGGCAUUGAAAAUACGAACAGCACAGCAUUCUGACAGCAGGUCCCAUGGGUUAGAGAUGGACUAUAAGGAUCAAUCCUCAUUUGAUUUUUUUGUGUGUGAAAUAUAUCAUACAUACAGAAGUGUGUGUAAAAUGUACAUUUUAAAGAAGGAUCAUAAGUGAACACCCAUGUACCCACUACCCAGGUUAAGGAAUGACUAUUACCAGCUACAUCAGACACCCCCGAUGAUUCCAGUUUGAUCAGACCUCCUUGCUACCACCCCCCAGAGAUAACCACUAUCCUGAAUUUCCUGAUCAUAUCCCCUUGCUUCUCAUUUUAGUUUUACCUCCUUGUAUGUAUCCUUAAACAAUGUGUACAUUUUUAAACUUAUGUAAAUGGCCUGAUCCACUGGAUUCCUCUAUGGAUUCUUCAUGGAUUCUUCUAUGACUUUUGUUCAAUACUGUUUUUGAUAUUCAUCCAUGUGGAUGCGUGUAGCGAGGUCGGUUCAUUCUCACUGCUCUGUAGUAUGGCAGGGUGUGAAUAUGCCACAGUUUAUCCAUUUUAAUGUUGAUUAGCAGGAGGAUAAUUUCUAGGGUUUUUUUUUUUUCCCUAUUAUGUACAAUACUGCUGUUAACAUUCUGGUUUAUAACUCCUGAGAUAGACGUAUAAGAGUUUCUUUAGGAUAUAAAUGUAGGAAUGGGAGAUAUGCACAUGUUUACAUACUUAUACUAGGUAAUGCCAAACUGAUAAAGCCAAUUUAAAACAUUUUUGUCAAUCUGAUAAGUAUGAAUUGGUAUCUCAUUGAGGUUUUAAUUUAUAGCUCCCUGGUUACUAUUUUGGUUUCAAUAUGAGGAUUCUGCUGCUGCUUAUGCAUGGUGCUUUAUUUCCUUGUAAGCCGUGUAAAUUUUUACUGUAAGCUGCUCACUUUCCUUAGCAUUUUAUCUCUGGACAAGUUGAACCUGAGCUCACCUAAAUGGAAUUGUGAAAGCUUCUGCCUAUCACCUGCAGGCAUUACCCAGAACCAAUUUCAGUUAAAUUCUCUACUAAGGGGUUUCAAGCCUUACAGUUAGUGUGACUUUAGACCACAAGCCUGCACAAGAGCCAACUUGUGGUUUACAAAUUCUCAAGGGAGAUCCCUCCCCCUUGACCUAGCGUUGGGUUGGAGAUAGACGUGUUGCCCUGUUGACUCCUUCCGCAUAGUGGGGUUUAUUCCUCAGUUACCGGUAUACUGCAGGUAUAGCCCUUUCGGGCCCAGGUUUAUCAGAGGGUCUCCUGUUAUGUCUCCAACUUGGCAGGCCUUGGCUUCAUCUCUUGCCUCGGCAUCCUGUAUUGUCAACAAAGGUCAAGGUCUCCAGGUUUCAGAAGUCACCCUAAGCUUUGGCCCUUCCUUAUCGUCAGAGUUUUUUGUGUCAUAUUAUUUUGGGUUCAGCAUAUUCCUUACUUCCAUUUCAGUGAUGCAGUUAUAAAAGAUUUUUAUUUAUGCAUCA